AAGUUGAAUUGUCUCCGCUGAGCCUCCGUAGCGACGCAAUUGGCCACUUGGCUGUUUCAGGAAAAGGGACGCCGUUGUGUCAAUUCACAAACCUAAUCCAAUUUCCAAAGUUCUGCCAUCAUGUCAGACAAAAGUGAGCUGAAAGCGGAGCUGGAAAGGAAGAAACGAAAGUUGGCUCAGAUCCGGGAGGAGAAGAGAAUCAAGGAGGAGGAGCGCAAGAAAGAGGCGGACCUGAAGAAGGAUGCCGCUCCGCAGACCGAUGACACCGAGCUGGACAAGAAGAGGCGGGAGGCGGACGCCAUCCUGCAAAGCAUGGGCAUCACCUCAGACGUGACCGCUGCUCCUGCUCAUAUGUCUCCAACUGCCAAAUCAGUUGGCACGCCAAGUGAGGCUGGAAGCCAAGACUCGGACGGAGCCGUGGGACCCAGGACUCUGCACUGGGACUCAGAUCCGUCCACCCUUCAACUGCACUCUGAGCUGGGGCGGGCGCCCCAAAAGAUGGGCAUGACCAAGAUCACCCACGUGGACUUCCCCCCACGGGAGGUCGUGUCCUACACCAAGGAGACGCAGACCCCCGUGGUGACCCAGCAGAAACCAGCUGAGGAAGAGGAAGAGGAAGAAGUGGCUCCAGUCGAACCAGCAGUUGAGACCCAGACGGAGAAGAACGACCAGCAGGAGGAAGACGAAGUGUUAACCCACGAGCUGACGGAGGAGGAGAAGCAGCAGAUCCUCCACUCGGAGGAGUUCAUGACCUUCUUCGACCACAGCACUCGCAUCGUGGAGAGGGCGCUGUCGGAGCACGUGGACGUGUUCUUCGACUACAGCGGCCGCGCCCUGGAGGAGAAGGAGGGGGAAAUCCAGGCUGGAGCAAAGCUGUCCUUGAACAGGCAGUUCAUGGACGAACGCUGGUCCAAACACCGUGUGGUCACCUGUCUGGACUGGUCCGCUCAGUACCCAGAGCUGCUGCUGGCGUCGUACAACAACAACGAGGAGGCGCCCCACGAGCCGGACGGUGUGGCGCUGGUGUGGAACAUGAAGUACAAGAAGAACACGCCCGAGUACGUGUUCCACUGCCAGUCCGCGGUGAUGUCUGCGGCCUACGCCAAGUUCCACCCCAACGUGGUGGUGGGCGGGACCUACUCGGGGCAGAUCGUCCUCUGGGACAACCGGAGCAACAAGAGGACCCCCGUGCAGCGCACCCCCCUGUCAGCGGCCGCGCACACGCACCCAGUGUACUGUGUGAACGUGGUGGGCACCCAGAACGCCCACAACCUGAUCAGCAUCUCCACGGACGGAAAGAUGUGUUCCUGGAGCCUGGACAUGCUCUCACAGCCCCAGGACAGCAUGGAGUUGGUGUACAAGCAGUCCAAGGCCGUGGCCGUCACCUCCAUGUCGUUCCCCCUCGCCGACGUCAACAACUUCGUGGUGGGCAGCGAGGACGGCUCCGUCUACAUGGCGUGCCGUCAUGGAAGCAAGGCGGGCAUCAGCGAGAUGCUGGAGGGCCACCAGGGGCCCAUCACGGGGAUCCACUGCCACACCGCAGCGGGGCCCCUGGACUUCUCCCACCUCUUCGUCACCUCCUCCUUCGACUGGACCGUCAAGCUGUGGAGCACCAAGAGUAACCGGCCGCUGUACUCGUUCGAGGACAACUCGGACUACGUGUACGACGUGAUGUGGUCGCCCGCCCACCCGGCGCUGUUCGCCUGCGUGGACGGCGUGGGACACCUGGACCUGUGGAACCUCAACAGCGACACGGAGGUACGGCCGCCGAUCUGCCGCCGAUCCGCUGCACUGGCAACUCUGUGCCCCCAAACUGUAGUAGCCUAA